CGCCUGGCGGGAGCAGAAGGAGAAUAAGAGCGCUGCAGAGACGGGCGCCUCGUCCACCGAGUGACUUUGUGGAACUUGCGCAAGUUUUAGUUCCGAAAGUUUCAGUUUGCUUUUCAGCGGCUCCUCGGCAUUAUCCAUUGUUUUAAGCGCCGACCGGGGAUUCACUGAAAAUGCGGGAUCGAACGAAAGAACUGGGCAACGUGAGUUUGGAGUCAGACCGAGUGAGCUGUGGAGAGCUCGGACGAGGAUGAGGAGGGCAAAGCUCUCAUGAGCAGGUCAGAUGCUACGAGGACAUCAGGGAAGGAUGGAAAGGAGGACAAAGAGGCGUUCUUCCAAAGGGUACAAGACAUUCAGGAGGGAUUAGACACUCUUAGAAAGAAAGUGUCUGAUCUGGAGAAUAAACAAAAAACUGUGCUGGGCGUUGCGCUGCCUGAAGAUGGUAUGAAGAAGGAACUUCAGGUCCUCAGGGAUGAGAUCAAAAUGACAGCGAGUCAAAUCCAGAAAAAACUGAAGAGUAUUGAACCAAAAAAAGAGGAAGCUGAGGAUGGGAAGUAUGUUCCUAUAAAGUUAAGGAUGCAGAGAACCCAGCAUGGAGUCUUGUCUCGGAAGUUUGUGGAGCUCAUGGGGCGGUGUAACACUAUACAGGCUCAAUACCGAGAUCGAAAUGUGGAAAGGAUACAGAGGCAGCUGAAAAUAACGGGAAGCAACGUCACUGACGAGGAGCUGGACAGAAUGCUGGAGAGCGGACAGACAGAUGUCUUUACGCAGAAUAUUCUGAUUGAUGCCAAAGCGACCAAGCAGGCCUUGAAUGAAAUAGAGUCAAGGCAUGAUGAAAUUCUUAAGCUGGAGAGGAGCAUCAGAGACCUUCACGAUAUGUUCCAGUACCUUGCAAUGGAGGUGGAAGCACAGGGGGAAAUGGUAGACCGCAUCGAAGCGAAUAUUUUGCAUUCAUCUGACUACGUGGAAAAAGCUGUAGCAGAAACGGGGGAAGCAGUCGUGAACCAGCGGAAAGCUUACAAGAAGAAGCUGUGGAUAGCACUGUGCUGUGUCAUUCUUGUGAUCAUUUUGGCGAUUGCUCUAGCGUUCUCCCUCGGUUGAGAUACAUUCGUGCCUUCGUCCAUUACUAGGCCUUGCCGAGGGAGAGAGCUGCAGCCUUGGUAACACGCCGUUGACCCCAGGCCUCCUUCGCUAUGUACAGCCACAGUAUAUGUGCACAUAACACCCACUUCCACCUGUGCCUCAUUGUAUACUUGUAAAUGUCAGAAAUUAUCAUGACAAUUGUUGACUAUCCUUUCAUACAUGGUCCUUGGUAAUCACAGAAGGAAGUGAACCUACUUCAAUGAUAAUUUGAUCAUUUAGAGUUAUGGUUCAGCUAGUGACCUUUGCCAGUGUGUGUGGGUUUUUUUUUUUUUUUUUUUUUUU